AUGAGUCCUAAAGAAGCAGCGAACGGCACUAAGCGGUUGUUCCAGUCAGACAACCCGGACCGAGUACGGCAUAUCAGAGACAACGGUGAAUCUCUCUUUCAUGAACAUAAUCCCACUCGUCGUCGUCACAUUGUAGAGCCCAAAGGCACUACUACGGCGAAAAAGAUUCGACGCGAGCUCGACGAUGCUCAAGUCUGGUACCAGUUUGAUCAUGCAAGGCAGUUCAUUCCAAGAAGCGAAUAUGAGAAGAUUAUGACCCCUGAGCGGGUCCUUGAGAUCAUAUACAAUUUGCCAUGUUUCAAAGGUCGAACUCCUCAGCAGAUGCAGGUUCUAGCCCAGAAUAUCUACUUCGGAUCAGACGGUCAACGCCCGGCUCUUAAAAUCUUCGGCGCCCUCAUCAUGAGCAAGAUGGAAGCCGAAAUGAGCCAGCAUCUCGUCAGCGGACUAAAUGACGGUUGCUUGCCUUUGAAAGCUAAGCCUGGUGACCGCGCGUUUCAACUCCACUGUGAAUGCUCAAACAACAGCCACACAGCAAUCAUGAAUAGCACCGACAACUUGUCCAGUGACCGAAAAAACUUUCUACAAUGGGCCCGUUGUCUCACAGCACCGUAUAUUGCCUACCAUCCGGAUCGACAUUCACAUUAUGUGCUAGAUCCUGGAAAUUGUAUCCCAAUUAAGUUCCCGGAUCCUACGCUUGAACAGGAGACCUCUCGCGCUGAGAACAACUCUGAUGGCCAGGCCGGCAAGCCUGCAAAUGGGGGCGAUGGAGGCUUCAGCGAAGUGCACAAAGUACAGCUUCAUGAUUGCCACUGUCGAUUGCCCGACACUGGGUUGAGAAAUUCUGAGGGCUACUAUGCCCUAAAAAAACUUAUAUCUCACAAACGCCUCGAUUUUGAUCUGGAACUGUCUUCGCUGCUCUUCUCUGCCGACCAAAAUGUCGAAAAGCAAAAUGCCGAAAAGCAAAAUGUCGAAAAGAGAUACAUGAUACAAGUUCUGGCGACAUUUGAAGAGCUUAACAGUGACGAACCGACUUUCUACUUCUUGUUUGAUUGGGCCGAGGGACCUCUGGACUAUUUCUGGCAGCUGAAAAAAUCCCUGGUAGGAAAAAUGCAGCAUUGCCUGUCAAUGUCUGAGCAGUUUCUAGGGCUAGGACAGGCACUGGAGGCUAUUCAUAACGACCGCGUAAAUUUCCCCUUGCCUGACGAUAUACAAGACUUGAAGAAUUUACCAGACUUUAAGAAUAUAUAUGGCAGACACGGGGACAUUAAACCAAGCAACAUACUAUACUUCGAAUUGUCUACGGGAGAAUCGAGACUUGUCUUGGCCGACUUCGGGCUCGGGAGGCUGCACACGAGGCUUUCUAGAUCGAAUCAGGACCCGAAACUUUUGGGUCGAACUGAAACGUACCGCUCGCCGGAAUUUGAUCUCCCAGAUGGCCGCGUGGGUCCAAGGGCCGACGUCUAUAGUCUUGGCUGUGUUUUUCUCGAGCACAUCACUUGGUUUCUUCUCGGUGCUGACUUUCCCGAUAAGUUUUCCGACGACAGAACAAUGAAGGAUAUUUACGGCUUCGAUGCAGAUACCUUCUUCAUGCUCACCGGGCCACCUGAUCUGAAAGUGGCUGAGAUCAAGCCUGCCGUGAAACAGUGCAUCGCGAUGCUAAAGGAUAACGAAGCUUGCAGCUGGUAUCUAUUUCAGAUGCUAGAGCUGAUCGAGUCUGAGAUGUUGAUAUGUGACAAAAAGAGAAGAAUCAGGGCCACGCCUCUCGUGAAAAGGCUCAGGUAUCUUCAAGAAGGGUGCCGGCAUUCGGAGACAUUUUACACGAAAAGGUGGAAGGACUGUAAGUGCCCUGACCUCCCUGAAUCAGGCCGAUAA